AUUAAAAUCGCGCAAGAAGGAGAAGACAUUAAUAAGUACUUGGUACAGGCCUAUAUUAGCUCUCAGCUUAAUACGAAUUUGUUCAUGAGAAAUUAUGGAAUUUUACUGGAAAAAGGAACAUAUUACAUGAUCACAGAAUGGCCAGAGCUAGGAACGCUAAGUAAAUAUCUUGUCGAGAAUACAGAUAUCUCAUGGAGUAAAAGAAUAAACAUGGCAGCACGUUUGGCAAAAGCGCUUGCCAUUUGUCAUAGUAAAUACAUUCUGCAUCAUGACAUACGCAGUCACAACGUGACUGUAUGCGAGAACAAUGUUAUCAAGUUAGGCAACUAUCAUCGUACCAGAAGCACAAAAGACAUUACGACUUCAGUUGCUGAAGAGUCAGAUGGUGUCAGAUGGUUAUGUCCCGAGAAGGUUGUGGACGGUAGGCGACCCUACUCGAUGGCAGCCGAUGUAUACAGUUUCGGUAUGCUUAUGUGGGAAAUAUCUUCGCAUAAAAUUCCCUUUACGGAUAAAACUGUUGGUGAAGUAUAUACUUUACUGAGAAAUUCAGCCAAGUUCAAAGAUAAAGACGCGCCGCGUCCCCCAAUUAUCGAUGGUACACCCAAGAAAUACGUGAAAAUAAUGAAGAGAUGCUGGAGACAAAACCCAGGAAGUCGUCCAACAAUGUCUUUCGUUGUAGAGAAACUGGAACGACUCGAGGAGAUGUACAGGCAAAAUUCACCCGAUACAGAUACUUAUGGGACUUGCACUAGUAGUAUGCAAGAAUUCGAGCCGGAGCCAAUAACGAUCUAUUCCGCACGCAAGUUACAUGCUGAAAAGCGCCACUUAGAAGCCUUCAAACAGUUUAAAACGCUCGCUGACGACGAGAAUCCCAACGCUGAAGCAAACUUCUACGUCGGCAGAUACCUUAUCGACGACAGAAUCAAUUAUGAGAAUGAUCCUAAUGUGGGGAUAAGCUAUUUAGAAGUAGCAGAUCAGCUUGGAUUCCAUGAUGCCCUCCAGUAUCGUGCUCAAGAGAAAAUGGCAGCAGCUACGGAACUGCGAAAAAGGUUUAUAGAAGCGGGAAAACUUGAUGAUGCGAAUCUAAUUUUGGAAAGAAUGAAGACAGAGUGUCUACCAUUGUUUCGUAAUGGUGCGGGUCGCGGCAAUCUGCGUUGUAUGAAAGAUUUAGCUGAUUAUGGGGCAAAGCUAGGAGAUAAACAGAGUUACGUGGACGGUCUUAGAAUGUUGGAUGACGUAAUUGCAAAAACGAAAGAUCCUAAGCAGAAAGCUAAAGCACAAGAUUUUUUGGUGAAGUUGCAACAGCACAAAAACGUAUUUAUGGAUUGA